AUCAUCGAUUCAUAAUGUCUUCGUGUAAUGUUGUAAUAAUUCCUGUGGAUGGAAGUAAAAACAGUGAACGUGCAGUGGACUGUAAGUAUUUCCUCAAAUUUAAUAUUAUGUGGUGCAAGUUGUACCAAUGUGCGCGUGGCGUGCAUGGUAAGUUCAAUUUUCCUCGCCACACAGACUGUUCAUCCAUUCAUCAGUGGCUCUGUUGACAUCAUCGAGUGAACUUGUAUCAGAGUGCUGUAGAUAAUAUACGCUUAGUCAAGCUAAGAAUCUGACCUUGAUAAGACAUUUUGUGAUAUUGAUAGUGAAUGAAAGGUCGCUGAUAUAAAAGCUGAGAAUGUUGUACGCUUAUUUAUAUUAACCUAGUUUUGUAAUCUGUGACAAAGUUACAACAACGUGCCGAUCAGUGCAGGAUGAUAGUGCCCCACAUGUAUAUGGCUAAUAGGUUGUUAUCUGUUUUUACUUUUCUUGACUUGUGUACAAGUUUGUCUCUUCGUUGGAUGCGAUAACCUACACGUGUUAGAAUAGGCGUUGAUUUCUGUAUAACCAUUGUAAUAAUUACACUGUUUCUGUAUGAUUACAUCAGCUAAUCAUGCUUAAACCUUGACCAAAAAGGCACAUUUCUCUCCAGAUUUUUUUCGUAAGUUAGAGAAAAGUAAAAGAAAAAUGGGAAUUAAAAUGUGCAAUGUCAUCUUGUACAAGCUUUAAAAGCUUAUAACACAAAUUGAUAUUUGCGUACUUUUCCAUUCGUCAUAAUAAAGCUCUUUUCGAUUGACUCGUUUUUAAAUUUUAUUUGUACAGUAAAAGGGUUGAUAUGUAAAUAAAUAUAGAAUUCUCGGCCAAAAAUAUGUUCAAGGUGACAAUGGUUUACAAGCAAAGAGGCUUUGACAAUAUGUAGCUGGGGGUUCAUUUAAGCUGUAGAAAAUAUUCUUUGUUCACUUUCAACAAUAGUGGUAAUUUUACAGCUCACAGCAGAUUAACAUCCUAAAUAUUGCAUUUGGUAUUUGUACCGUAAUGAUAUUAUUGCAGAGAUUUAAAGUUAUAGAGUUUUUUGCACCUGUCAUCUAACAGCAGGAAGUGUUUCUAACCGAAAAUUAAAACUACCAUUCGUUUAAUGCAAUAAUAUAAAAUUAUAUUAAGUAUAGUACAUUAAUUUUAUAGAAAGUGAAAAAUUUUUUUCAUAAGGUCAAGUUAUAGCAGUUAAAUAUAAUCACUACUUUCUCUAUAAUCAUGUCCUUAUCAUUUUAUUCAGAAUAUCGUAAAUCAUUUUAGUAUUGAACUCUAUGAACACCAGCUGAAAGAAGAAAUAAAUACCAUUAUUGUGAUAUUGCUUUGAUUGAAGUCAGUUGAUGAUAUGACAUCACAAAGAAUAGUAGGCUGCCUUUGUAUUUUAGAGGACGUUUUCAUCUUUUAUGACUUAGUUGUGAAUCAGUAUCUCAAAAGAAGUGCUGUUAUUACGCUUUAAUUUCCCAAUUUCAUCUUGCAAAAAACAUAAAAAAUAUCUAUUCCAGAAAUGUGCAGAUUAAAAUUUGAGGAAUGCACUUUUAAUAAAAGUUAGCACUGUAUACUCACUUUCAAACUUCAAUUAAUGCAGACCGCUCUGCAGUAAAAUUUAGCCUUUGAAAGAAUCAUUCAUUAUGUCACCUUUAAUCACCAAUAAUAAUAUUGAUAAAAGUUGUGGCUAAUAAAAUUUUAACUAGAAUGAAAUGACAAAAAUUUUGAAUUAUUAUCUUUUGCUGUCAUGUUAUUUUACUUAAAAAACGCCAGCUACAUUUACUGUUUCUGAAGUACUGUCCAUAAAUUCUGCCCUGUUAAGAAACAUGGUUAAAUUUCAUCCCUCAAUAUUUAUAUGUAUUGGUUACAUUAACGUAGUUUGUAUAAUCAUAAUAAAACGGAAACUUCCAUUUUUAAACAGUAACAGUUCUUUAACUAUCAUUUAUUUAAACUUUUAGUGUGGAUAAAGAAUUGAUGUUGCUUUUUGAAUAUUUUUUCAAACACAGUCUGAAAAUGGCUUAAUUAGAGCUAUAUUAUUUUGAUAAUAUAACCGGUCGAACGUUUUUUAAAGUUCACCCUCAGGCAUACAAGUACUGUCAUAUGGUUGUGGUUUUUAUUUUCCCGCAAUGGUAAGCAUGGUACAAAGCUCACUCUAUUUCGGACUGCUUUAGAGGAAGCUUAAUUAAUUAUAACAAAAUGUGAAAAAAUGACAUGGUAUAAUCUUUUGAGUUACAUGUAUAAAAUUCAUUAAAGUUGUAUGGCUGGACAUCCUUAAUCUUACAUGUACAUGUAUAACAUCUAUCUCUUUGGGUAGUAGAUGGUAUGGAAGAAAAGGCCAACAGUAAUUGGCUUUCAUUAACUUUAAUAAUAAUAAUAAUAAUUGAUGAUGAUAAUACCUGUACAUGUGAUUUUUAUCUAUAGUAAUAGUUAACUUGUAUAGCAAUGAUUUCAUUAGUUGCUAUUUUCAUCAAUGCACAUUUGACUUUCUUUUCUUCAGCAUCAUAAGAGUUUCUAUUCAUUAUUUUGAACAGGGUAUCUUGCACAUCUUCACUUAAAGGGUGACAGAGUUGUUUUCCUACAUGCCUUUGACCCUCCUCCCAUGCAGUCAGCCAAACACAGUAAGGAUUUUCAUUUUGUUGAAGUAUUAAAAUUUAUCUUAAACAGUUUAUUUAUUAUAAACAGAGGAGGUGAGGUACAUUGUAAUUUAACCUCUAGAUCUGCAGUUGGUUAAUAAAGUUGUAGUUGUGAAGACAAUUUCUGUGACAGUACAUGUACGUAGACCCUAAAGACUCAAAGAUAAACAACCAUGUGUACAGCUGAAUUUCUGACCCAAGGUAAAGUUCAGCAUUGUCAAAAGUAGUCAGCUGCCAGCAAAAAUCGCCACCUACUUGGUUAGUAUCGGCGGGCUACUCUGCGUGGCAUUUCUUUAUGGUAGGCAUUUUUUAAAUAAAAUAUCCCUGGACUGGCCACUUACUUUGACAACUCAGCCAUCUACUUCAAACUUUAUGACAACCCUGAAAGUUAAUCAAAUAUACAGUCAAACACCAUUAAUACAGAUACUGAAGGGGUCAUAAAUUAUAUGGAGAGUGUUUGUAUUAACAUGAUGUCCAUAUAAAGCACCUCAUUUUAUCAAAAUAAAAAAAACAUUCUUUUAUUAGAACAAAAUACUAAAGAAAUAAAAGAAGACAAAUUAGUAUCAUCUUUAACCUUCAUAAAGCUGUCAUUCCAAGGAUUACAAUCCCGGGGGGGGUACUUUAGGAAUUUCUGGGUGGGGAUGUGCCGCUGGGACCCUGGAACCCUUAACCUAUAGCAGAGCUAGUUCAGCUAAAUUUUGCUACCCUAUACUAGAGUAAACUCCCCAAAUCCCCCUAUCCUAGAGUAGCUGUUUCCCUAGUCUAGAUAAAAUCUUCAACCAACUGAUCAGUUUCCUGAAAAAUGAUACCCUAUUCUAGACCCAAAUGCUCUGAUUUACAUACCCUAUCCUAGAGUAAACACCCCGGGAUUACAAUCCAACAAAAUUUACACUAAAAAAUUGUUUAACUCUAUAUUACUUGGUCAAAACCUUUCUCUGCACAACUUGUUUGAUGCCAAAAAUUAGUAGUCUGAAGUCAUCCUCUCUGGUGUAUUGUAGCUCCGGCAAUAACGACAAGCUGUCUACUGAAGGUUUUUUCACCUUUAAGAGGUCUACCUGUAUUACACUAGGCUAACACAGUUUACAAUGAGGUGUCAGCAUUAGUGAGGUUGACUUUGUAUGAGAAUCUGUUGAUUGGACACGCAACAAGUGUUCAUUGUCCACAUUAAUGGGUGUCUAUAUUAAGGGGGUUGAAUUUAGAGACAAUUUAAGGGUUUUCCCCAGGACAAAAUAAAGAAAACAUGUGCAUAAUAACAAGGAGUCCAUAAAAUGAGGUUUAACUGUAUUUCUAUUACUUUAUUCUUGACUUGAGCAGUAAAACCCUUUAGCCUUAAAAGUGAGUCCAGUCACACAUGCAUUUUUGCUCCAACCUAGUGAAAAUAAAAAUCUGAGUUGUACAAAUUGUACAAACAGUGUAGAUGUAAGCAGAGUCAUUAGCUUGACAGAAUCAGUCAGAGUUGCAAGGAUCAGAAUAUUUUCAUUUUCUAGUUCCAAUAUCCUCUUCUGACUCAUCAAUGUAGAGAAAAGCAGAUUAACCAACCCCAAUGCCCAUUUUCUUUUUAAAUAAUUAAUGUUACUUGCUCUUUGAUGUUAAUUUCCUGUCAUGUGACGUAAUAUUUUGUUCGGUUUGGGUCUAUUUAAGUCAUGUUAAUUUCACAUACCUUAAUUAUUAACACAAGCAUUACAUGUCAUGUAAUUUCCUACAAAAUGUACAUGAAUACUGUAAGGUACACUGUAGUUUUUCUGCUUCUGAGAGCAACUCUGGCAGUCUAGUCUGGUUUUCACUAGAUCAUAAGAUUUUUUUCACUAAAAUCAAAAGGUUCUUUACUUCUGUGCAGUUGUAAAACUAGCUAUAGGAGACAUAACUGUUUACAAACAUUUUUUGGUUAUAAUUUAUGGUGCAGGUUCUAAAGAUAAAUGUUCAUCUGUAAAUUUUUUUGUUGUCUUCUCCUUGAUAGCAAGUGUAGACUUCAAGAACAGCUAUGAUGAAUGGUGUGUUGUAAUUCAGAAGGCACAAGAUAAGGCCAGGUUCCUGCUCAAAGAGUAUGACCAGAAAUUUGUAGCACUUAAGGUACAGAGACAGAAAUGAAUAUGCCAAUAUUAUAAGUAACUUUGCCAUUCACUUAAUUAAGGUAGCUGGCCUCGGAUCCACAAGAUACAUGUACUGCUUAAGUUUGUUUUAGUCAGGUUGUGUUUGUUAUAAUUAUUGUAAACAAACAUCUAGAGCUCUCUCUCUCUCUCUUGUUUUUUUUUUUUGACUUAGAGCAACAUUCUAAGAUUUGUACAAAAACAUUAAUGUAGCUUGUACAUUACUUGAGGUUUUAAAAGGGUACAGUCCAUUAUAAGCUUAUUUUCUGGUCAAUGAAUCGACUGAAUUUUUCUCAUUACUGAAUUGAAGUUUCUUGCUAUAGAAAAAAUUAAGGAAAAUGCAAGCUUAUAAAAAUUGCCAUGAGUGCUUUUGGUCUGAACAUUUAUGAACCUCAGCGGUGCAUUUAUGGUAUUAUAUUAAUGUUUACAUAAUAGAGCAUGAAAAAUGAUCUCUUUGCUUUCAAAUGGAAUGUGAAAGCUUUCUUAGGCCCCCUUAACAUGGAGAAAAGUUGUCCUGAAAGAGGCUUGCUAUCCCAGCCCAGUUAUCUUUAGAGAGCAUUUUUAUGAGAAAAAAACUGAUCCUUUUGCCUAAAGUCAAGAGUAUUUAUGCAUGCCAUGAUUGUUUUGUCUUGACUGAGUUGACCUGGCUGGGUGAGCCAGAGUGUUUAUUUGGUGAAAAGUUGGCCCAGCUGGGAUGGUGACCUACAGUCCUGGACAAAAACCUUGACAGUUUCAACACUGUCUGUGGGGUGGGGGGAGGGAGUAGGGAUGUGCAGUGUUAGUAGCGUGGGGAUACAAUUUCGUGUGUGUUAAAAAACAUUCGAACUGUACAACUGUCCCAACACUUUCAUCCAUGAUUGUAGCUUACCAUCAAAGAAAGGUGACCCGGGCAAUUAUUGGGUCACCCUUCUAGCAAAGCCUACAUGUACUUUUCGUUUUUGUGUAAACAGUUCUCCAAAGUUGGUUUGCCCAGGGUAGCUCAGGUAGGCGAGUAUCCCUUCAGUCUAUGGGACAAGUUUUCUUCACAUAAUGGUACCUUAGUGACAUGUCAAGGAAAUUUUCGUGGGGGAAAAAUAAGGGUUUGGUCAUAAAUACUGCAACGAGUAUUCAAAUAUCCAACAGCAGUUAUUAACUGUCAAUUUGUUGCAACAUCACUUUGUCUUGAUUGUUCCUUUGUCAACAGGAUAAACUCUCGUACAAGUUGAUUCAUGACACAGGCCGGGCAGGAGAAGUAAUAGUCAGCUACAUCAAGAAAGAACAAGCUACUUGUAUUGUGAUGGGCUGUCGUGGACUGGGCAAGCUGCGGAGAACAUUACUUGGGAGCGUUAGUGACUAUGUUGUUCGACAUUCAACUAUCCCUGUCAUAGUGGUGCCUCCGUAG